CAGUAGGAAGAUGGCGGCGGCCCCGCUGUACUGUGUCUGCCGGCAGCCCUACGAUGUGAGCCGGUUUAUGAUCGAGUGCGACAUCUGUAAAGAUUGGUUUCACGGCAGCUGUGUGCAGGUAGAAGAGCAUCAUGCUGUGGAUAUCGAUGUUUACCACUGUCCCAACUGUGAUGUCGUACACGGACCCUCCCUGAUGAAAAAGCGCAACAACCGCCACAGGCAUGACUACACAGAGCUGGACGAUGGAUCGAAGCCGGUGCAGGCCGGCACUCCAGUGUUUGUCAAGGAGCUCCAGAACAGGGCCUUCGCCAGUGGCGAGGAGAUCAUGAUGCAGAUGAAGGGCGAGCAGGUGACGACCAGGUACCUGGAGAGACACGGCUUCAGCUACCCCAUCGCGGUCACAGAGAUGGAGGGCCUGGGACUCAAACUACCAGCUCCCACUUUCUCUGUCAAAGACGUGGAGCAGUAUGUGGGUGGCGACAAAGUCAUCGAUGUGAUAGAUGUGGCCCGGCAGGCAGACAGCAAGAUGAAGCUCAGCGAGUUUAUCAAGUAUUUCACCAACCCGGAUCGACCCAAGGUCCUCAACCUCAUCAGCCUGGAGUUCUCUGACACCAAGAUGUCAAAGCUGGUGGAGGUUCCUGAUGUGGCUCAGAAGAUGUCCUGGGUAGAGAACUACUGGCCGGACGACUCCUUCUUCCCCAAGCCCUUUGUCCAGAAGUACUGCCUUAUGGGGGUCAAGGACAGCUACACAGAUUUCCACAUAGACUUCGGAGGCACCUCUGUCUGGUACCAUGUUCUCUGGGGUGAGAAGAUCUUCUACUUGAUCAAGCCCACUCCCGCCAACCUUGCACUAUAUGAGGCAUGGAGCUCCUCGCCCAAUCAGAGUGAAGUGUUCUUUGGGGACAAAGUGGAUAAGUGCUACAAGUGUGUCGUGCCCCAAGGAACCACCCUGCUCAUCCCUACAGGCUGGAUCCAUGCUGUUCUCACCUCUCAGGAUUGCAUGGCGUUUGGAGGGAACUUCCUUCACAACCUCAAUAUUGGCAUGCAGCUCAGGUGUUAUGAAAUGGAGCGUCGUCUGAAAACCCCAGACCUCUUCAAGUUUCCCUACUUCGAGGCCAUCUGUUGGUAUGUGGCCAAGAACCUCUUGGAAAUGCUAAAAGAGCUACGGGAUGACAACUGUCCGCCCCCGACCUACCUAGUGGAGGGAGUCAAGGCUUUAAUCAGUGCACUGAGGACCUGGUUGAAAAGAGAGGUGACUGAGCCCACCAGUGAGGUACCAGACCAUAUCAGGCCGAACCAUCUCAUUAAAGAGCUGACCAAGGAAAUCCGCUACCUGGAGGAGGAGCCAGUCGGUGGUAGCAAGCCAGUGAAAUCUCAGGGAAGUGGGUGUGGAGUAGCAUCUGGAACAAACGGCUGCCCGGCAACUCGCGCCACACUGGAGAGGCUGUGCCAGGCCCGGCAGGCGAGGAGGGCUGCCAGGCGGCUGAGGGAGCAGCAGCGACAGGCCCCCAAACUGCCCUCCAACCUGGACAUCUUGGAGCGGCACACCAGGGAGGUGCUGAAGAGGCUGGAGGUGGGACCGCUGGAGGAGGAUGCGGCGUUCUGUGCCAAGGUUCGUGGGAAGCUCAACAAAGUGUCAACUGCAUCAGCAGCUGCUGCAGAGUCUUUAGAUGACAACCACCUACGGCUGAUGCUGGUCAACGGCAGAAUUAUCAGAGACAUGAGGCGGCCAGGCAGCAGCCCCGUGAAGACGGAGGGUGAACGGUCAUCUGUCGGCCCACCAAAGAGUCGUGUGGACGUGAAGCUGGAGAGGACACAGGACAGUCGAGAGCAGCACAGAACAGUCGAGAAACCCACACACUUCAGCGGUCUGGAGAGGGUGAAGACUGAACUCAGGGAAGAAGUCUCAGGACACUCCAGUGUGUCAGAUGUGGAUUCAGACAGUGACUCUCCCACAGGGCGUAAAGCAUCAUCAUCGUCGCCGUCGUCUUCUGACGAGGAUUCAGAGAGUUCCCAGGAUGAAGAGGAGGAUGAAGAAAGGGGCUCAUCUCAGCAGAGAGGCUCAGGGCACACCAUAGAGCUGGACCAGUCUGGCCAGAAACUCAGGCACAAACACAAACCACUCAAACGAGAACGUCCUACCUCACCCAGCACAGAAGAGGCCAUUCAGGGGAUGCUGUCCAUGGCUGGUCUGCUGUGCUCCUCCAAGCCGGAGAAGGUGACCUCGUCCCGGGAGCCCUGGUGGUCCGGCUCCAGCCAGUGCUCGCCGCUGGAGCAGAGGGAGGAGGCGCAGCACCAGCACCGACUGCAGGGGGGCAAGAGCCCGAUGGACAGCCAGGGCAACAGCAGCGAGGCCUGGGACAAUCAGGGGCUGCCCAGCCCAGAGACGGACUACCAGUACUGUGACCCCUCAAUGUCUCCGCCGCUGCAUCCUUCCAAGAGGCACGCCCCCAACCCCCCACCUGUCAGCAAUCAGGCCACGAAAGGCAAGCGGCCCAAAAAAGGAAUGGCCACAGCCAAGCAGAGACUGGGGAAGAUCCUGAAACUCAACAGACACAAUCGCGUCUUUGUGUAACACUCCAAAUCUUCAAAAGCAAAGUGACACGUGGGGACGUAUUCUUGAAGAAGAAGAAGAAAAAAGAAACAUUGGUGUAUUUGUUACCAGACACUUUUUUGUGCUGUAGAAAUGGAGAGAAGGAAAAAAAAUGAACACACUGCCUGGAGACUGAUGGAACCUUGACACGUAAAACACGCUCACUGUGCAUGCUUAGGAGACAGGGUAUUGGAUUUGAAAUAAGCAAGUGCACGGCUUCACCACAAGCACACUAAGAACAAAACAGAAAGGAGCUACGGGAAGCGGAGAGGGACAAGCAUGUUAUGAAUAUUUUCUGCUGCAGGGAAAGGUGGACUGAAGCUCCUGCGGGCAUUCAGACGGACAAAGGAGACGUAGGAGGUCUACCAAACAAACAACAGAAACGCUCGCUUUGCCGGGGAGCAGCUUCCGAUGCCAACAUCAUCUGCAUCACGUUUUAAUAUUUCCUCUCUCUGCUGAACGCACCCUCCCCUCCGCACAAGCUUCACUCGCUUCACGGCUAUCUGCGACAGACUGAACGGGACGGAGGAGCAGAUGAAACGGAGCUGUAUGUCUCUAGCAGGGUCUUUUGUUUUUUUCCUCUGGCUCUGAGGGGGAAACGAGGUGCUAAGGAGGACGCGGUGAACUAACUGAGAUUUCAAAAUGGUGCUUAUUGUAUGUACUUCUCUCCACUCAUGCUUGUCCCUUCCAGCCCCUCCUUUAUCUCAAUCACACCAGCAAUAAUGACUUUGUGGAGAGAGGAAAGAUGAGACAGAGGCAGCACUUUGGUGCAUCCUUCCCCCGAUUCUUCAAUUUGUAAAAAUCUAUAAAUGUUUGGGGACGACAGAGUUGCAUCUCUGCUCUUUGCAGAUGAUGUAAUUACGUUGGCUUCUUCACAGCGUGACUUCCAGCGUGCACUGGGGCGGUUUGAGUGUAUAGGGGUCAGGAUGAGAGUCAGCACCUCAGAGUGUAAGGCCAUAGUUUCCUGGGAGACAGUCACUGCCCCAAGCAAAGGAGUUCUCGUAUCUCGUGGUCUUUUUCAUGAGUGAGGGAAAAACGGAGCGUGAGAUGGAUUUACCAGUCCAUCUAUGUUUCAACUCAGGAUGUCAGUUUUGGUUAAAUUUGCUUUUGAUAGCCCGCCACACAUUAAUUGGCAACUAACCGGUUCAUUUUUAAGAAAAAAUGGAAAGUCAUGAAAUACAAGAGGCCUUUGUUUUUGGUCCAACGUUCCAUUGACUCAUUGAGCUUUAGUGCAGCAUUUCAAAGCGCUCUCCAUUUCGAGGUGGUGAAAUUUAAAUGUUCUGUUAUGUAAAUAUCUUGAAUUUUAUUUUAUUUUCUGGCACGUAAAAAUGCGGAAACAUAGUGCCCACUGCCCACCCUCUGGUCUCCACUGGUUAGCAAACAUUAGCCUUGGUCCCUCUGCACUGAGCACAACCUGGGCCUGGUGGGAGCUAGCUAGCAACACCACUUAUGUGGAGAUUACUGCUGGUAACUCAAUCCCAGUGGCAACUCGGCGUUGCUGCAGAAACAUAGUAGACAGCCUCAGGUUUCCCCCAAGGUUGCCCAAGCGAGUAAGCGCAUUCAAUUUGAGCUGCAAAACCCCGUUACAGUUGUUAAUUAUGCUGACACUGCUAACUGUGCUAGCAGAGCUAACAAUGGUGCUAAAGUGGAUUUGCAGCUAACAGUUGAGCUGCUUACUCACCAGGGCGAAAUGGGGCGAGACUGAAAGGUGGCUAUCAUGUUCCUAUAGCAGAACUGUCAGGUCGGGACAGCACUACUGGCAGGAAUCAGCUGCUAGCUAAUUAACUCCCAUAACAGUAUGAGAUUUUUACUGUAUGAUAACCGAAACCGAAAAUAUCGCUGUUUCAUGGUAUCACAAAAUUAUUAUUAUGAGUCAGAAUGACCGUUAAAGGAAUUAAAACAGAAGGGUCAUCUUUGGCUGACAAACCUUUUAUUAAUAUAAUUGAAAUUUGAAACCAUUUUUUUUAAAUGGCAGUAAAUUUGCCCUUUUAAAAAAUGACAAAAAUGUAGUUGAAAUUCUCC